GAAUACAUUGUUUUUUUUACGAUAAUGUUACGGUCUCUUGUUUAUCAAUUCUUAGCCCUUAUCUUGCAAGCAAUGCUAAUUAAACAGCGAGUUUAGUUUAAGUGAAUUACAUAAGAAAAAAUACUUUACUCUUAUUAUUGAGGACGUAUAUACUACUAUCAAUGCGUAGAUUCUUGCAUCAUGCCAGCACUUGAAUACGAAUGACGUAUCACAAGAAACUGGAAUGAUUAAUAUAGCGCGGUAGGAACCAGUAGUCUAGCAGUAGCUUGCACUCGAUCGUGGUGACAACAUCAUAUAUUGGUGUGCUAUAUCUAGUGUUUUAAUCUUUGUACGUACAUUUAAACUCCGGCAAAAGUUUUGCAGAAUAUUUUGCCAUGGAUUUCUGGUCGAUUUUGUUAUCGAUAAUAAUCGGUGUCUUCGGCAUUCAUUAUCUUUUUCAACACUUUAACUUCUUUAAAAGACACGGAAUUAUCCACAUACCGUCUAAGCCGAUACUUGGUACUAUGUCAUCUGCUAUAUUUCGACGAAUAUCAUUCGUUGAUUACAUAAAGAAAACGUACAACUACAAUUCGGAUGCAAAAUACAUUGGAAUGUACGGAACGACAAAUCCGGUGUUUCUGCUUCGUGAUCCAGAACUUAUCAAAACUGUGCUGAUCAAGAAUUUUGAAGCAUUUCCCAAUCGCCGUGGUUUUGACGAAUUCGACGAUCCUCUAUUUUCCAAGAAUCUGUUCUCUCUUCAAGGGGAAAAAUGGCGGAAUGUGAGAAACCUGUUGAGUCCUUCUUUUACGUCCAGUAAAAUGAAAAACAUGUUCACACUGAUGUCAGAAUGCGCAGUGGACUUUGUUAAAAAUCUGUCAGAAUUAACAGUGAGUGACAGUGAUAUAAAUUUAAAAGACGCUUUUACUAAAUACACGAACGACGUCAUCGCUACUUGUGCUUUCGGGAUCAAGAUCGAUUCUAUGAAGGAUCCGAAAAACAAAUUUUAUGUUUACGGCAGAGAGAUGACAAACUUCUCGGGAACUCGUGCCCUCAAGUUUUUCUUUGUAAGAACAUUUCCGAUGCUCGGGAAACUCUUUCAUAUCAAGCUUAUAAGUAAGGACACGGCAGACUUUUUCAGAAACAUUAUAGAAACUGCAAUCGCUACCCGUGAUGCCGAACACAUUACACGUCCGGAUAUGCUACAGUUGAUGAUGGAUGUAAGAGGCAAAGAAGGUCGACGAGCAUUAGAUAUAGAAGAAAUAGUCGCACAGGCGUUUAUAUUCUUCUUCGGUGGCUUCGACACUACUUCAACCACAAUGUGCUUCGCCGCUCACUCGCUCGCGGUUAAUCCUGAUGUUCAAAUUAAGUUACGGCAAGAGAUCGACAAAGUGCUUGAAGCGUCGGGAGGAGAAGUAACUUAUGAAGCGAUCAACCAUUUGGAAUAUUUAGAAGCGGUAAUAAACGAGACUCUCAGAAUGUACGCACCAAUCGGCUUUUUAGAAAGAAUAUGCGAAAAAGAUUUCGAAUUACCGCCCGCGUUACCGGAUGAGAAACCCUUCGUCAUGAAGAAAGAUAUGGUGGUCUGGAUUCCACUUUUUGCGAUUCAUUAUGACGAAAAAUAUUACGAUAAUCCAGAAGAAUUUCGUCCGGAAAGAUUUUUGAACAAAACGUAUCACAAUUCUCCGUGUUAUUUUCCGUUUGGAGCAGGUCCGCGCAUGUGCAUUGCCAACAGAUUUGCCUUGUUGGAAGUUAAAGUGUUGUUGUUUCACUUAUUGGCGCGUUGCGAACUGAAACGUUGUGCGAAGACUACAUGGCCAAUGAAAUUCAAGAAAGAUGCAACAGUAGCUCCAGAAAACGGAUUCUGGUUGAAUAUUCAACGUAGAAGUGAUGUGCAUUCUGAUCGUGAAUCUACCAUGAAUAACAGCGUUAAUUUCUAAGAUGACAGUAUAAGCAGGAAAAUAAAAUAUUUUAUAGUUAUUAAGAGAGAAAGAGAGAGAAAGAGAGAGAGAGAAUAAAUAAACAUUGUA